CUUGAAUAAAACUCGUCAAGCUUCGAGAAGACUUCUUGUGAUAUUUUCGGUAAUAAACCAUGAUUACUUGCGUUUGUUUUGAACUACUACUCGCUUGGAAGUUGUGCCCGCGAGGUGGUAAACUUGUUGCCAGCGUCUGGAUAACUACAGGAAGCGCAUUACAUGCUCCUGCCAGGCGCGGAUAUCAAAUUGAAUAUCACUGGAAGCCUAGCGGUUUCUGUCUGUCGACAGCCUGCGGACAGCCAAAUCGGUUCCACCAGUCGUAUCUCCUAGGCCAUGGUCGUAGUACGAUGUGCUGGAGUGGCACUGGCGGCUGCGCUAAAAAAUCUCAAAGCAUUUGUAG